AAUUCACUACCAUUUACAGGACCACUGGCAGUCGGUGAUCCAGCUUUAUCAUGCAUGUUGUGGUUGUUGUUGGAGGGUGUGCUUAUCCUUGGUUUAAUGAUCAAUGUAGAAAGCCUUUCAACAGAUGAUGUCAUUUUACGGGGUGCCACAAUCCCAUUGAAUAGUACAUCAUGGCAAGUGAACAGUUCUCCAACUCAAGCAAGCGUCAGGUCUGAUAUUGAUCAGUCGUCCCCGUUUUUGUCGUUAUCACAAAUCACGGUGAACAGCUCCCCCGAGUCACAGUCAAACCGGACACAAGAUGUAAUCAAAUUAUUACAAAAAUCAACGAGUUCAUCCUAUGAACAUGAUAUGCAGCUUACAGAAAUUUCUUCAAACAAGAAAUACUUGGAAAGUACAGGGGUACUUGAAAAUACGUUAACUGUACCUGUUGCCCACACGGAGUUACUUUUGUCACCCACAGAAGUGACCAAUCAAGGGGUUUUGCAAAUGAGUAGUUAUUUCACCAAUUCAUCUUACUCAGCAGAUCUGCUGGCAAAUUCAGCUGAAAACUCAAGUUAUCUUUCAUGGCCCUCUGUAAAUAAGGCCUCUGGAAGAACAACUGCAAUAUUCACUUCAAAAUCUUUGGACUCAAUAGGCGCUUCUGGUUUAGAGCAAAGUUCCAGUGUUCCAAUAAAGCACAGUACAGCUGCAGUUUUGGCUUUGACACCAUCUGUGGUUUUAUUAUCUGGUGUAAUUUUUUCAUCAGCUGACAUUUCAAGUAGAGAGGGAGGCAGUGUGGUGUCUGACAUUCUACGCUCCACUGUGGCAGUGGAUGUUAGUGUGUAUUUAGUAUCAUCUGCAAAGUCUUCAUCUGCCUCUGUUUCAAGCAUGGAGAUAGGAAUGAUGUCAUCUGGGACUUUCAGUUUUGGUUCAACAGGAGAUGAAAGUAGCUAUGGUUUGGCCUCUGAGAGGUCAUCAUUGAUGGCAUCAGCUGCAAAGAGUUCAACUGAAUUUAGUGUUUCAAGCAAAGAGGAGUUGCGCAGCUCUUCUUAUGUGAAAUUUAGUUCUAGCCCUGGCAAUGUGCAGAGGGAGGAAAGUGUUUCUUCAGAAAAGGUGUCUAAGAAAUCAUCACACUUUCUGGGAAGGGAUGGGAGCACAGUGUUUUCUGUGCUCUCAUCUGUACAUCAAAGUGCAUCCCUAUUGUCUUCUGGAGGAAACUUGAUUUCAUUUGCUGUAGUGAGCUCAAAUCAAUUUAUUUCCUCUAUCGAAGAAUCAAUGAGUCCCACUCCUUCUCAGGUUAGUUCUGUAGUCAUCUACAUAAAUUAA